AUGAGAGUUCUUCAUCUUCCUACUUUGCAGAUUUUCUUUGUGUUCCUGUCUGGGUUCAAUGACCAUACGAGUGUCUUGAGCCUAAACUAUCACAAACUUCCAGCUUUUUUACCUCCCGUGUCUCCCAAUUCAAGGAUAAAGCGGCAGCAUUUCAGCAUUGUAUGCUCCUCGCAAAAACAAGAAUGGAGGAUCAAGAGGUCAGAGCUUGAGGUGCAGUUGGAACAAAAGAUAGAGGAGUCUUUCCGGGUAAGAAAAGCUUUAGAAAGCUUGAAGCUGAAACGUGAAGAAGAAGCCAAGGCAUUAGAAUGGCAAUUGUUUCUGCAAAAGGUGCAGCAGGACAUCGAUGAGCCUGAGGUCGCCCCUUGGGAAGUCGCAGAUGAUCUGCAAGAGGUUGUGCAGAGCUACUUGUAUAACACGUCGCUCGAGGGUGUAGAUCUGGGUUACAUGAGUGUAGACCUGGGUGGAAACAAGACCGGGAAGAAUAUAGUGGGGAAGAUGAAUGAGAUGGAUAGAACGGUCUUGAAAUCGGUAUUCGACUCAGUAAUUGCGGACCAGAAGAAAACGCAGACAACAAAAAAGAAGGGUGUUAUGUCCGAACUCUUUCAAGGGGGAGGUUUUGGCUUGAAAGGAUCCAUGAAAUCGGACAAACUUAACGCGCAAGGCACGUGGAGCCUGAAACGCGAUGCAGUGGAGUCCUGGGUCAGACAGGAGCAGAUAGCCCUGAGGAGGAAGAAUCCAUCGUAUGCCAAGAAGAUGCUAGCUGAAAAACUGCAGAACCGAACCAAAAAGUCGAUCCCAUGGGAAGAGGUGAAAAGGAGAGUUGAAAUGCUUCAGUAUGCGAUCUUGAAAGAAUCGCAACCUCAACCAAGGAAGACAUCGUACAAUGCAACGACUGACGACACCCUCAGAAUGCCAAGGCGGAAUCUCAACGUCAAUGAUGAGCUUGCAUUCAACACUCAAGCAAGCAAAAAGGGGAAAGAUGAACGAAAUACCUACCAGGACAUCUGGUUUGAUCUCUUCGACCCAGAUGAACAAUUUGCAGAGUUGACUGCGACUUCCACUCGUUUUGGAUUGCGAUCUAUGUCUGUCAAGAACAAGAUCAAGACAAUGCAACAUGCGAGUGAAGAUAUGAUUCAACAUGCAAACAAGUGGUUGAAAAAGGAAGACAAGCUUCCGUAUGAGUCGGUGAAAGACUUCCGCAAGUAUGUUGCCGAGGAGUUCAACAAGUACAAGAAUGAGGAAGAAAUUGACGGACUGGAAGAUGGAGCGAAGCAACCGUCGAGAUUGAUAGAGUAUAUGCUAAACAAUGUUGACACAGACAAGUUGGAUGCAAGCUACUUCGGUCUUCUUCUCGUCCCUCAGAAAGAAUUCAUCGAGGGGACAAUGAGGAGGCAAGGGUACGACAUGGAACAGAUCUUUUUGAGUCCAACCGAUAUCGAGGAGGACAACUACCGCUGGGCGGAGCUGGAUUACGCUGAAAUUUCUGUGCAAGAGUUCCAGGCGAUCAUGCUUGAUCUUGGGCAAUGCCGGGUGAUCAUCUUCGAGCCAGGAGAUUGGACAAACUCGCGCGUCCUCGGGACAUCAGAUGACUUGGACGAGAUCGUCGACGUCGGGUCUACUCUCAUAUUCGUCCUGCUCAUGCUGUACCCCUUCAUCCCGGUAUCGGAGGCACUCCUCUUCGACCCAACCUGGGUGGAGGAGAACUUCAGGCUGGACAACUUCAUGUCGUUUCUCUCCCUCCCCUACAACGUCGCCAUCACCGUCUUUCAAGGCCUGCGCUUCGCCUUGGCGAACAUGAACGUCGGCGACAUCAACAUUUAG